AUGACACUCAUGGAAUUUGCAAUGAGAUUUAAGCCUCACUAUGCAAAACCACUGGAAGAAGAAGAAGAAGAAAGCGUUGACAACGACGCCUACGAUGAUUUAGCCGUGAGGGGACGCAAAAAGUUAAUUACGCUUACGGAUAAUAGUAAAAUGGUUGUGAGAAACGAAACGGCUGUAUUAAGAGUUCCAUACUUCGUUGCUUCCACGGAUCCAGAAAACUACUAUUACAGUUUACUUUUACAAUACAUGCCCUAUCGUUUAGAACAAGAAUUGUUGGUAGAAUUCAAUUCCAGCAAAGAAGCAUUCAUGGCACGCGAAGAAACUUUAAAAAGAAACAGUUCAAUAAUGGAACAGUUCCGUGAACGAGACAGACAACUUCAAAAUGCUUUUGAUCAAAUUCACGCUUUCGAAAUUCUUGAUGCGGAGCCAUUAGGGGUAGGAGAAAAUUUUGAAGAUGCAGAAGAACCACAAGUAAGUGAAGAACAAUAUCAACAAAAUUUUCAAGCAAUUAACAUUGGUCAAAGAGCAGUUUCACAAAAGAUAGCUGAAAGUAUACGUCACCAGUUAGAAGGAAACCAACACCGGGAACGCCUUUUUAUAACUGGCCAAGCUGGAACUGGAAAAACUUUCUUGUUACACCAACUUAAAAAUCUUAUAAAUCGAUGUUACGGUAAAAAAGCAGUAAGGGUUUUCUCCUUAACAGGCGUUGCUGCACGGUUAGUUGGAGGAAGAACCUUGCAUAGUGCAUUAAAGUUACCAAUUCAAAAAGAUGGCAGAAUUGUUGAAAUGCCGUUGCUAACGGGAAAUUGGCUUAAAGUUAUGAGACAACAAUGGAAAGAUACAGAGUUUUUUUUUAUAGAUGAAAUUUCAAUGGUGCCAUACGAAAUGUUAUGUAUGAUUGACUCACGCUUGAAACAACUAAAAAAUAAUGAAGAUUUUUUCGGAGGAAUAAAUAUUUUGGUAUUUGGAGACUUAAUGCAGUUGCCUCCAGUUAGAGCUUCUCAAGUUCUUCAACAACCUGAACGUAUGAUUCCAGCUACACAUCUUUGGCGAUUGUUUUCGCUUGUCGAAUUGACAGAAAAUAUGAGACAACAAGGAGAUAAAACAUUCAUUGAUAUAUUAAAUGCAUUGAGAGUUGGAGAUCUAAUGCAAAGCCAAAUUGGAAUAUUGAUAAACAAACAAAGCACUGACAUGGAUGGAGAAUUUGCACUUGAGAAGGCCUUAAGGAUCUACCCAACUAAUGACCAAGUUAACAAUCAUAAUCAGAAUGUGAUUAAAUAUUUCAAAAGCUAUGGUGUCAAGAUGUGGAAAAUCAAAGCACAAGAUAAAUUAGUGGAUUCGACGAGAAAACUUGGUAAUGACAAUUCAAUUGACUCUAUUAUUCCUAAAGAUAACGACAAAACUGGAGGUUUGCCAAAGGAAAUCGAAAUUUUCGUAGGGGCUAAAGUUAUGCUUAGAACAAACUUAAAUGUAUCUCAAAGACUUGUAAAUGGCGCAAUUGGAAAUAUCACAGAGAUUAACUGGCCCAAUUUUGCUAGAGAUCAACUUUAUGAUGAAUGUAUACCAAAAUCAAUUCGCGUCGACUUUGGAAGAGAUGGUAUCCAUAAAAUAGAGCCCAUAUCUAUUCAGUUUCCUGCAAUGCGCAGUUAUGGUACUGCUGAGCGUAGAAUGUUGCCAGUAAUUUUGUCAUGGGCAGGAACCGCACACAAGUUACAGGGCUCCACCGUCGAUCAUGCUGUUGUUUAUCUAGGACCAAGGCUCUUUGUAAAAGGACAAGCUUACGUUACUCUUAGCAGAGUGAAAUCCUUGCAAGGCCUCCGAAUUGAACAAUUAGACUGUUCAAAGCUGAUGGGAAGUACACCAUGA